AUGAAACUGGAGCAUGUAUCAGUGACGCCCAGGGCCAUCACCAGAGAAGACAAUUCACACAUCGACCAGCUGCUCGUAGCUGGACCAGGACACGGGGCGGUUGAGGCAUUGCGGGCAGUCAAGCAUCGUAUCAACAAAGACACAACUGUGUGUCUAAUGACGGAUGGCUUGGGCGUCCUCGAGGAGGUGAGGGCACGGAUUUUUCAAGGCACUGACGAGUCAUCGAAGCCGAGCUUCCUCCUCGGCCACAUGAGCCACCGAUUGGCGUUCAACCGGCGCCAUGACUCGGUCAAAGAGCUGCGGCACGGCGAGACGCAGCUGACAUGGAUGAAUUCCUCUCGAAUGACUCAAGAGGUGGAAAAGACGGAAACACGUAUGAAUUUUGUCCAGGCCCUGCAAGCAGUCGAGGAUCUUCGCUCAUCCCUUACGCCAUUUGACAAGUGGCUCCAUUUCAAACUCCCAUCAGUUAUCCUAGACUCCGUGGUGGAGCCUGUCUGCGUCCUAUUGGAGAUACCAUAUGCAGGACUCCUGCAGAAUCCCGCUGCCCAGCGGAUGAUGCACCGGCUACUCACAGAGAUUGUCUCGGUCGUAGACAACAUGCCGGAAGUCGAGGGAUCGGCCGCUAUCCGGGACUUUAUUCGUGGCAAUCGUAUCAGACAGCACAUCUAUAGCCGCAUCAUGGCGAGACGUGGCGCCUCGAGCAGCGAGCUAGCAAGACAGAUUCGGAACGGCCUGCCGACCGAUAUUGAUUAUCUGAAUGGCUUCUUCAUCCGGCGUGGCCAUCAACUAGGCCUGGACCUGCCCACCAAUGCUUUGAUAAGAGACAUGGUGAAAGCGAAGCACUCACUAGCCAUUGAGAAGCUCAACUCGUAUAUCCCUAUCGAGGAGACUUCAAUACCUAGCCACUUGUCGUUGCGGUAUCGGACUAUGCCCAAAUCAAGCAAUAGGAAGCUUGUAUAA